AUCAUUUCACAUAGUAUAUUGUUUGUUUGAUGCUCUUAUUUGGCUUCUUAAAGCACAGAGUCACAAACAAACUCUGUGUGUGUGUGUGUGUGUGCUUGUGUGAUUGAAACAAACAAAAGAAGAAUUAAGAGAAAAAUGUUAAUGGCUGAUGCUGUAGUGAAUUAUUUAGUCAAGAAAUUUGGUGAUCUGAUACUGCAAGAAGCCGACAAUUUGCAUGGAACGAAUGACCAAUUGGAGUGGUUGAAGAGGCAACAGCGACGAAUGCAGUGCUUCUUAAAAGAUGCAGAUGCAAAGGAGAGCCAGAGAGAUGAUGAGAGGUUCAAGAACUUGGUCACAGACAUAAGAGAUCUGGCUUUUGAAGUUGAGAAGGUCAUUAACACUUGCCCGAAUUCAGAUCUCCGUGAUUUCAUUGAUCGGAUAAUCUGGAGACUCAAGGCUCAUAAGAGAGUCCGAGGGAUAAGAGAUAAGAUGCUGGAGCUAUAUCAAAGUAAAAUAUUGUUUGGCAUUGCCAAUAUAGGUGAAACAAAGGGGACAACUAGUUACUCUAUUACAAGUGAAGAUAGGCCCUCUAUAUUGCCUCAACUGAAUGAUGAUGACAUUGAUAAAUUUGGCUUUGAUGAGGAGAAGAAAAUAAUUGUGCAGCAGUUGGUUGACACAAGCAAUACUAAUCGGUCAGUUAUCUCGAUAGUUGAUAUGGAUGGUAAAAGAAAGAUUGCACUUGUUGGAGCCAUCUAUAAUGAUCCUAAAGUUGAAAAACGUUUUGAUUUAGUCCUCUGGAUAACAAUUUCUCAGAAAUAUACUAUCAUUGAGAUUCUGAAAAAUAUCUUGUCACGAGUUCCAGGAACUUCAUCAAUAGAUGCAAUCGAAAUCCUUGCUGUCACUCUUAUUAAUGAAUUGAAGAAGUACAAGUACUUGAUCAUCCUUGUUGAUGUUUGGGAAGAAAAUGUAUGGGAUCAAUUACAAAAUUUUUUUCCAGAUGUUAAUAAUGGAAGCAGAGUUAUUAUCACCACUCGCUUCUCCAAUGUAUCCAGUUUGCAUUUCCGAGGAGAAUGUGUCCACCAGGGUAGAAAUUACACCCAAGCUGUGAGUCCUUCAUUGCAAAGCGCAAAGACCGAGCUCGAUAGGCGGACAUAG